AUCAAUAAUACCAUUAAAACCAGCACCGAGAUCAUCACCAUCAUCAUCAUCAUCAUCAUCAUCAUUAUCAUCAUCAUCAUCAUCAUCAACGUUAUUUUCAGCGUCGUUAAUGGUAAUAUCAACGUCAGUAUCAUCAACAGCAUCAAUUACAACAUCAUCAUCAUCAAUGCCAUCCCCUACGUAUACACAGCCACCAGGUAAAUAACUUGGAAAGUUUCUUUGUUAUAAAUCAUGAAUAAUUUACUUGACAAUUUUACCCAGUAUUUACGUACCGAAAGUGCAGAGGAAUAGUUUUAACUAUAGCCAAGUUUGUUGCAUUAUAAAUUCUCUUUUUUUACUGUACUCACAAGUAGGUAUUUUAAAUCCCUUUAGAUUUAUCUUCCGUUGACACCGAAAGUAUUGGGUCGACUGGAGCUACAUUGACACUCAGAAAGAAAGAGUUCUUAACGAAUGGACGUAGAACAAGGUUAGUUCUGAUUUUCAUCCCUCUCAGAUGGAUGGCUGAAGGAUAUCCUAGCUUAUCCUCGCCAAUUUAGCUGUGCACAGUGAAGAUUCAGUAACCAUAAGAAAGAAAAAAAAGUGAAAGGUGAUCAUUACACGCCCUUUGUAUGUCCGAGAAAUGAAAACUACACUGGUCGUGCGCGUUUAGGGAUCAGAAGCAAUAGUUUCAAUAUUCUAGUUAAACUUCGUUGAAUCGUCUUUUUAAGAAAGUUAACAAUUAAAAGUAUGUUGCUGAUUCUUUAUAGCAGCUUAAGUCCUGUGCUCUUGUAUGUAUAUGUUACAGGUGAAAGUUUAAAAUUUAGGUUAAAAGUUUUUAACCGAGGCUCUGGAUUCUAGGUUUUUUCCUUUAUCUAUCGUAGCCCUAGUUUAUGAAUAAUUAGGGAUGGGAGACAGGAAAUUGAGAAUCAAUCUAGGCCGCAGCACCUAUAAAACCAUACCCUAUAUAUCCCGUUAUCCCGUUAAUCAGCCAGGAGCAGUAAGCGUCAAUACAUGGGAUAACCACUCUCCCCCUCCCCCCCCCCGGGCUACCACUUUGUAUUGUCCUAUUGAUUCUUUCCGCUAACAGGGUGACACCAAAGUUUUGACUCUGGGUACCCCUCCUUCCUUAAGCUUCUUCAAGCGAAAAAGUACACAAGUAAGUCUGGGAAAAAUUUUCUAGUACGCAAGAACAGUUUAAAUGUUGUCCGUAAACUCGUGCACUUGUCCCAAUAGUUAAAGCACAUUACACAGAAUUUUUUUCUAUAUUAUUUAGUUAUGUCCAGGUGAUUGUCAUACAGCUGAAAGAAGAUCAAAACCUGGAAGUGUCAACGCAUGAAAAGUAUUCAGAGGCAAAUAUCUACCGAGAUUACAAAGUACAAGUUGAAGGAGAGCCAUACAUAACAGCAGAGUUUAAUUACGGAACGAUAAAGUUUCGCAUUGGUGACGGGAAAUACUAUUCAAGGUCCGUUCAACGGCAAAGGCAGGCAAUAGGUGAGACCUAUUUAUCGCUAAUGACUCGUUUGCAAAAGCCGAAGGCAAACAUGGGAUUCGCGACGCUUGAAGGGUAAACGAACGGGCCCAAAAAAGUAAAUGGUAGCGCAUAAUCCUGGACUUGAGAGAAAAAUCUCUCCCCCAGUCUAAGCCUGUUGUUUUGUUAUUGUUACGUUGUUGACUUGUUUUAAACUUGCCAAUUGUUUUUUUUAUAAAGGAAAUAAAGGGAGAUGUAAAGAAUCAACCAUAAGAGGACACAGAAAAAUCUGAGCCCCAGAUGGGAUUCGAACCCACGACCCUCCGUGUUCUAGAUCGGAUGCUCUAAUCUCUGAGCUACUGAGGACUCGUUGGCGAGCAAGGGUCAUUUUUUGUGGGUUGGACUUGCGAACCGCAUCUCGCUGUCACACAGACCAUCACAAGUAACACAUUAAGGCUUGUUUUCUACGAAGCCGUAAUUCUUGGCAUUUACAAGUGGAUUCCUUGCUAACCAAGUUCCUUAACAGCGAAUAAGGAAGAAUUAAUUAUUGUGGGGCAUGCGAAAUAUUUAAAACCCUUGACAACCGUUACGCAGCCCGGCUUUCAAUAUGCGUUCUCUCGGCUCUUGUCCAGAAAAUUGCUUGAAUUAUAAUUUAGCGCCUACCAUUAUAAUAUAUGCUGCAUUUUCUCAUUAUAUUUAUAUUAUAUUUUUAUAUCACAUGACAGGCUCAAGAGAAUAUUACAACGGUGAACUAAAGGAAGGCGCAAACUAUGCAGUUUUUCAGCGCUCUUUUGACGAGUAUGGAUCCUACGAAUCAGAGAACUUCAUCCACUUUACAACGAAGAAGUCCUCUCGAACAGCGGUUAUCAUUGUAUCUGUGGUGCUAGUGGUCCCUUUAUUAUUAAUUCUCUUGGUCUUUUCUGUUGAUGCUGGAUGUCGAUACAUCUCUAAAGGUGAUUAGAAGCCAUAGCUUAAAACUGAACAGAACAUGAUGUGUAUAUGUUGCAGUUAAUUUUUUAUUUCAGUUAAUUUUUGUUUUUCCUUUGUUUUAAAUUCAUUAGCGUACAUUACCAUACACCAAAACAAUGGAAAAAUAAAAAUUAACUGAAAUAAAAAAUUAACUACAACAUAUACGUCUCUCAUUGUUACCGGCAGUGGUCCACCGCAUGGAUCAUUGCAACAAGGCAAUGGGAUGUACUAAGUUCCAGAUUCUUGUAACCAUAUAUUUAAACUCACAUAAGAAAAACCAUCAAGCAAAGCACCAUGCAGGCACACUCUGUUGAUUUACGUAUCCGAAAUAUAAGCUGAAUUCAGAUAUAGAAGUCGGUUCUUUUGCUGGAGGUUGAUGCAGGGAUCAGUACGGACUCAGUAUUAUGAUCUGAAAACUGACAUUCCUAAAGCCAGGCACACCUCGCGCUGCUCCAUAAUUAUAAAGGUCAACAAUUAUUUUUUUGCCUGAUAAACAUGCAUUGUCUCUAUUAUCAAGUCUUUGCUGGUGCCAUGAUAAACUAGAGCGUCAGUCACUGAAGUCAAUCAUUCUGUUCAUACACUGAGCACCUUUCUGAGGAUUCGUGCAGAUCCCAGCAUGCAGAUCUUUUGAAUCUCUGUCAUAUUAGCUCUUUCUGAUACUUUCUUGAUGUUUAUUAUUAUUAUGAUUAUUAUUAUGAUUAUUAUGAUUAUUAUGAUGAUGAUGAUGAUGAUGAUGAUGAUGAUGAUGAAGAUUAUUAUUAUUAUUAUUAUAUUUUUGUCGCAACAGGGCAAAAGACAACAUCUGGCACCAGAAUCAAGAAAGGUCAUACACUAAUCACAGGAAAAGAGACUGUCGAGCAAGAGGAUUAAAAAAUCCUUUUCGGGAAACGAAGAAGAUGCAUCGUAAUUUAGCACGAGCAGGACAACCAACAAAACGGUUGACAUGACUUGACAGCCCUUUAAAUGCAUGAGGGAGACGUAAAAAAGGGCAGUAUACUGACAGUAACUCUAAAAUUAAAAUUUUGUUCCGUGGCCCAGUGCUUAAUAUUAGCAGUUAAUUUCUAGGCUGUGCCUUUUUCAUGUGUUUUUUACGUGAUCAUUUCCGAAGUGCGCUAUCGAGCAGUGAAUUAUAAAAUUUACUAUUUCAAGGAGGAGCCAGGAGGUUUGUCAUUGCAACACGCACUUUUUUGCUUGGCUACUUCAAGUUCCUGAAUGCAAUCUGAACAAGCGCGCGCGUUUGGACCUUCCUGACCACUCGUAGUCUGAUUAUACGCUCCUUAAGUACGCAAACGAUAGCGUUUGAGCAUUAUAUGGCGUAUGUAUUGAUCUCUCCUUAACCUUUGGUUAUUACUCGUUAUAGCCACUGGCGGCUUAAG